AUGGAUAAAUCUUGGGUGUAUCUUUCAAGAGUGUCGAAGGAUUAUCUAGAUGGAGCACGCAAAUUUGUAGAUAUAGCUAAGGCGAAUGUAGGGAAUCAAGAAAUGAUCAUUUGCCCUUGUAGAAAUUGUCGAAAUCUAUCUCACCAAUUUUGCGAGAUUGUGUACGAGCACUUGGUCAUGGAAGGGAUGGAUCCUAAAUAUGCUUCUUGGUUCCUUCACGAGGAACAACUAAUUGCAUCGUCACAUCAAGAAGAUGUUGAAAUUUCAGAUACAUAUAAGAUGUUCAGAGACGUGCAUGUAAAAGAUGAUGAUUUUGGAGAGUCCAUAACAAUUGUUGCUUUAUACAAGCAUAAAGCUGCACAUGAUCAUUCUGAUGAAAGCUUUGAUGAACUUCUUCGAAUAGUGUCUGAUAUGCUACCAGAAGAUAACACGCUUGUCAAAUCUGUAUAUUCAGCAAAAAAGAUGCCCAAAGCCUUUGAUCUAGGAUAUAAGAAAAUCCAUGCUUGUGUGAAUGAUUGCUGUUUGUUUAGAAAAGAUUUAAACCCUAAGGAGACAUGUUCGAAAUGCAACUGUUCACGUUGGAAAGUAGAUAAACGCACUAAGAAGAUUAAAAAGGGGGUUCCUGCGAAGGUGUUGCGAUAUUUUUCAAUAAUACCAAGAUUUAAAAGGAUGUUCAAGUCACAAGAGAGGGCAGACAACCAGUUGACUCAUUGGCAUGGGAAUCAAUUGAUCGAAAGUGACCUUCUUUUGCAUCAGAUCUACGAAAUCUUAGACUUGGGCAAAGGAAAAUAUCAUGUUGACAUUACUAAUUCCAGGGCCAAAGUAACCAGGCAACAACAUAGAUGUUUAUCUAGAGCCGCUUGUAGAAGACCUGUUGCUUGUUCAAUAUGUAGCACUGACAUAUGUUCACAAUGGUUGAGUAAUAGUAAAAAGACUGUGUACAUGGGCCACAGGCGAUUUCUUGCACCCGACCAUCCAUUUCGGAUGAAAAGAAGUUGGUUUGAUGGAAAGCAAGAACUUCGAGGGAAGCCUAAACCAUUAAAUGGAUCUGAUGUUUUCGGUGUAGUUAAAGACAUUGAAAAUAAUUCGGGAAAAGCAACAAAGGAGAGAAAAAGGAAAAAGUCCCAGAUCAGCAAAGAAAAAGAGCCAGCAUUACUUUUGUGUCAUAACUUGGAUGUAAUGCACAUUGAGGAAAACGUUUGCGAAAGUAUCAUUGGCGCACUAUUGAAUGUGAAGGGGAAAUCAAAGGAUGGCCUUAAAGCUCAUAAAGAUUUGGAAGAAAUGGGCAUUAGACACAAAUUGCCUGCGGAGGACAGGGGGACUCAUUUUUAUUUUCCACCGGCAUCACAUACACUUCAAAAGUCGAGAAGCAGAUCUUUUGUUCUAGGUUACGUGAUUUAA